AUGCACGUACACACAUACACGUAUUCGGGUCUGGGAGAGAGCAACAUUUUGUCUUCUGCUAGCGGAAGAAAUAUUGCUUCGAUUAGCGCCGCAUUGGGAGCCACCACCGUGGCGCAGGCGCUUCCGAGUUCUGGGCCUCGAGAAUGCGCGGGUUGUGGGAAAAGAAUCACCGAGCGCUUCCUCCUUAAAGCUAUCGACUUGUUUUGGCACGAGGAUUGCCUUAAAUGUGGAUGCUGCGAUUGCAGACUUGGAGAAGUUGGAUCCACGUUGUAUACAAAAGCCAAUCUCAUACUCUGUAAGAGGGAUUACUUAAGAUUGUUCGGUACGACAGGAUAUUGUGCUGCUUGUAACAAAGUAAUACCGGCAUUCGAAAUGGUCAUGAGAGCAAAAAGUAACGUUUAUCAUUUGGAAUGUUUUGCCUGUCAACAAUGUAAUCACAGGUUUUGUGUCGGAGACAGAUUUUACCUUUGCGACAACAAAAUCUUAUGUGAAUACGACUACGAAGAAAGACUGGUGUUCGCCAACAUGGCGUACAAUCCUUCGAGCCUCGCACACAUACGAAGGCAAGUCGGUAAUCUGCAGUCAGCAGGAAACAAUCUAACGCAAAAUGUAGGACGAGAGCCAUUGCCAACGUGCCAAAUUAAUUCAUUUAACACAACAAAUUAUGUUAAAUCAAGUGGAGGAACGUCUUCGGGAUGUGGUAGCGGGGGGACUGCCGCCCCCACCGCCACAGCUACGGCCACCGCAGCCACCCCCACGGCUCCCCAUCACAAUCAUCCUCAUAAGAGCAUAAGAGAUGACGGUUCGAGCGGGUAUGGAAGUCCCGAUUCCGAAACAUUUGAACCACCGCAAUGA